UUGCGUGAGGUUCGAUGACUCCUCACACGUGAUCGCGCCCUAUCGAGUACACCGAUUGUGCCUACCAGAACAGGGAAGGGAGAUAGCAGAACGUAAGCGUGGAUAGAUAACGGUAAGUUCGUCGCGGCUCGCGAGGAAGAACACGGUCGCUCGAUCUCGGGAAGCCCACAUUGGUUUCAGUUCGGUGUCGACCGGCCUGUGUACCACCAUCUCAGGGUCUCCUCCGACUAUUGACCGCGUCCGUAAAAUUGGUUCCUCUUUAAGGAUUCCUGCAACUUUACCGAUGAUUCUGGAUAGAAUGCGGCUGACGUACACGUCAGCGGCCGUCGUUGGCGCCGGGACGGUAGCCGUUUUCCUUUGGUGGUGGUGGACCAAGAGGCAGAAGGAAGCGUUACCCUCGCAAUGGCGGAAGGUCGGCGAGCUCAGCGAUCUGAUCGCGUUUCCGGUGAAAUCGCUCGGGUCCGUACGAAUGACGUCGAUGGAUUGUAUGCCACUGGGCUUGCAGUCCGGUUGGAUGAGGGAUCGGACUCUGUUGGUCAUCGACCUCAACGGACACUUUGUCACCGCCAGACAAGUCCCAAAGAUGGUCCAGGUGACACCCAGUUUCUCCGGAUCAGUUCUCACGCUUUCCGCUCCGGGAAUGAUGUCCAUGUCCCUCGAUUUGUCACAAAUCAAAGGUAAGGGAUUCCGCGUGGCUGUUUGGGGUCAGAUCGUGGCAGCAUGCGAUUGCGGCGAAGAACCAGCAAGAUGGUUGUCACGGUUUCUUCUUCAGGAAGAUGUUGGCUACAGGCUGGUCUACUAUCCAUUGCAGUAUCCGAUGCGAGAAAUCAGGAAGAAGAACAACGGAUUCUUGUUAACCAAGAACGACACUGGAGCCUAUCCAGACGCCACCAGCUAUUGCCUGAUAAACGAAAGUUCGGUGAUGGACCUGAAUACUCGACUAGAAAAGUCGAUAAAUGCUGAACAGUUUCGUCCAAAUUUCGUCAUAAAAGGCGCCGCUCCGUACGAAGAGGAUACUUGGGGCUGGGUGAAGAUCGGCGAUGUGAUCUUCAAGAACGUUAUGCCGUGCACCAGGUGUAUCUUCACUACCAUCGAUCCGACGACGGGUGAAAAGAAUCCUCAGACCGAACCCUUGAAAACUCUUAGAGCUUACAGGCAAAUAACGGAUCCUGGUUUCCGGAAGUUCGUCGGCGACAGUCCAGUGUUGGGAAUUCACCUUGGUCUUCGAAGUUCGAACGGUACCGUGCGAUUGGGGGAUCCAGUUUACGUGAGCGAGUCUACCGAACGACUGCCGCGGCCGUUGAUCACGCCUCCCUAGCUACACCGGUGGGCUUCCUGCGAAGAUGAAAUACUCGUCUACGAGGAAGCCUGCGAAUCGUCCAACACAGACUCUUUGCCUACCUAGUCGAGCAAUAAGAAUAAGUCGUAGAAAAAGCCUAAUGGAAAAAUGAAUUUUUCAAUUUCGAAUCGAGCAAGACAAUGAUCGCGAUUCGUAAAUGCGACAAAUGCAAUCGUGUCGGUGAGUGAAUCGAAAUAGAAGCUCGUGUUUUUCCGUUCGUGGACUCGAUUAAACUCGCGUGUGUCGUUCACGUAACUUGGGACGCGAAGACGUGCGAUAUUUAUACAACGAUGGUGUUGUUGGUGUUUCUGUCAAAUGUAUUAUGCUUACGAAGAGAUUGCUUAUUCGGAGAACAAUUAGUCGCGGGGAUCGUUCUUCGAAUAUAUUUUUUCAAAAUGUCGAUCAAGGAUUAAGAGGACGUUCGAAACGUUUUAGCGCAUAGCGCAACCAACGUUUCGCCGUUUAUAUUUACAACGAGCAUAAUAAUAAUUAUUAAUUAUCUAUUGUAACAAACAGUUUCAGUGGUAUGCAAUUUCACGGGGUACAUCGAUCGUUAUUCCUUGUUAGGUGAUACGAUAAAUAGGUACUCUCGUUCUA